GAAUCAAUCAUGUCACUGUAAAAUUUGGGAAGCAGGGUAGGGAGGGUCCACUGCCUAUGAUGUUAAGUAACAUAAGAGGACUUCUCUCAUCCUAUCAUUCUCUUUCUCUGUUCCUCUCUCUCUAAAUGCCUAUGUUACAUUACAUAUCUAUCUAUCUGCAUAUACAAAUGAUACUCUCUUUUUACAUGGUUGCUUUUCCACCCCCCUUUUUCUGCUUACUUUACGAGAGAAGGGAAAGGCAAGGGCAGUGUAUAUAUAUAAACAAAAGUUUAUAGCGAAAAUAAUUGAACUUGGUUAAAAGCAAAAUAUAAACAUUAAACAAUAAAUAGAGAAAGAAAGGAUUUUUCUGGGGUUGAGAAAGAGAACAGAGGAAAAGACAGAAAGCGCAACGUCAGAGUUAGCCGUAGGGUUCUCCUUGGUUUGUGGUUUCUGGUAUUGUUUUGGUCUGGCUGAGAUACAGAGGGAAUCCCUCUUCUCACCACAUCUUCAUCUCUCUCUCUCUCUGAUUAUGAACUUUGAGUUACUGAGUCUAUAUUUUUGUUCAUAUUAGUGUGGUCAUCACUGGAUUUUCUUGGCAAAAAAAAAAAACGAAAAUUGUCUCUUGGGUUGGUGCCAAACAAGUAGUGGAAACCAUCUAAUUAAGUUUAAAGUAUUUUGCUUCACAGAUGUAGAGAACUCUCUCCACUUUUUUUUUUUCUUUCCCAUAUACUUUGUUUCUUUGCUGGGAUUUCAAAGACUAUAUUCCUGAGUUGUAUAUCAAUUUUGACUCUUUGUUCUGUUAUUUUUCUUACUACUAGUCCAGUUCGUGCUUCAAAAGUCCAGCUUUUUUCUUCCUUUCUGUUAUAGGUAAGGGUUGUCCUUGGAUCCCAGAAGCAAGACUUGUAACAUACGGAAAACUCAGAUCUAUGGCUCAUGACACAUACUUGGGAUUCCAAAAUGUUCAUAUAUGAGAAAAGGUGAUGAAGGGUUUGGUGUUCCAACAACAACCGCAGCAGCUACCAUUAGUGGAGGAAAACAUGUCUAAUUUGACUUCUGCAUCUGGUGAAGCUAGUGCUUCCUCAGGCAACAGGAACGAAAUUGUUACUGAUUACUCUCAACAAUACUUCGCUCCACCAUCAACUCAAACUCAGCCUCAAGUUAAGAAAAAGAGAAACCUUCCUGGCAACCCAGACCCAGAAGCUGAAGUUGUCGCCUUGUCUCCAAAGACUCUUCUGGCCACCAACAGGUUCAUUUGUGAGAUCUGUAACAAAGGGUUUCAAAGAGAUCAGAAUCUUCAGCUUCAUAGAAGAGGGCACAACUUACCAUGGAAACUGAAGCAGAGAACAAACAAAGAGAUAAGGAAGAAGGUGUAUGUGUGUCCAGAACCCACAUGCGUGCACCAUGACCCAUCAAGGGCCCUGGGGGACCUAACUGGUAUCAAGAAGCACUUCUGCAGAAAGCACGGUGAGAAGAAGUGGAAAUGUGACAAGUGCUCCAAGAAGUAUGCUGUUCAAUCAGACUGGAAAGCUCACUCCAAGACCUGUGGCACAAGGGAGUACAGAUGUGACUGUGGAACCCUCUUCUCAAGGAGGGACAGUUUCAUAACCCACAGAGCCUUCUGUGAUGCAUUAGCAGAGGAGAGUGCAAGAGCAGUGACAGGGAUAGGGAACCCACUUCAUCACCCUUCUCCAACUCCACAACCACAACCAGUGAACCUUGAAGACAUGCAUGGUUUCCCACUGAAGAAAGAGCAACAGAGUUUCAUACCCCCUUGGCUUGCUCCACCCACCGUUGAUCUCUCUUCAUCUUCAUCAUCAUUCUUCACCACUCCAAGGUUGGAUCAAGUUCAAGACCAUGAAAACCCUAACCCUAGACUCGGUCCCACUCUCCCAGCGUUCCAACCAGCACCUUCCUCUCCUCACAUGUCAGCCACAGCGUUGCUUCAGAAAGCAGCACAAAUGGGUGCAACCAUGAGCAAAACAGGUUCCAUGAUUAGGACCCACCAACACACUCACGUGUCUGCUGACUCAAGUUUCAAUUUGUCCUCACGUGAUGACCAGAUCAUGACCACCACUAACCAUGCCUUGGCACCUUAUGCCCAUAAAGCUGCUUCUGCUGGUGAUGCUACUGGUGGUGGUUCUGGUGGCGGUGGUGUUCCUUCAUCACUCCUUCAUCAUGUUAUCGAUUCUUUCUCUUCUCCCUUUGAAGGGACUUCUUUUGAGGAUGCUUUUGCUGGCCACGGUGCCAUUGCUAAAACAACCGCCGCCGAUGAUGGCAGCGCCGGAGGAAGUGAAGGGUUGACGAGAGAUUUCUUGGGUCUUAGACCCCUCUCUCACACUGAUAUCCUCAACAUUGCUGGCAUUGGUAACUGCAUGAACUCCUCCCAACAUAACCAAUCCCAAAAGCCUUGGCAAGGUUAAGGUUAGCUUUAUAUAUCUUAUCUUAUCUUCUUAUAUCUGUCGAUUUUAUUUUUCUUUAUUUCAUUAUUAUAAAUUAUUUAUUUUCUCUUUCUUCUAAAUUUUACUGUUGUUUAUGUUAUACUGUCAGUCUUCCCAAAGGGAAGGAAAGAACCUUUCUGAAUCCGAAUAUUUUCGUUCCCUAUAAUUAGUUAUUAUUUUAUAAACUUAAUUUUCCCUUAAUAUUGUUCAGUUUUAAUGCAAUUAAUGUAAUUUUGAUGUGUUUAUAGGUUAAAUAUAAAAACCUGGAUGGUGCACCGCGGCAUUCUGCUAUAUUCUAUUCAUGAUAAUUAUUUGU